CCAUUUCUUCUUCUUUUCAGUAUAUUUCUCUAGGAGUACUUCGUCGUGAACACCAUGAACACUAUUCCCCUUCCUCUCAGGCUACUCGUCGCCGUCUCCCUCGCCGUCGCCGGCGUCGCCGGAGAUGACGAGAAGACGUGCCCCGGCGCGCCGACGAUGACGGUGGAGUCGGCGUGCCGCAACGUGAGCGGCACGCAGGCGAUGUACGACACGUGCAGGGACGCGCUCGCCGGCGUGGCGGACCCGUUGAGCGACCACGACGUGACCGUCUACGCGCUCGCGGCGGCGCACGGCGCGGCGGCGUCGGCGGAGGCCACCAUGGGCGCCGCCAUCGACGAGGUCAGGAACAACAGGUCUCUCCCCGGCGACGAGAGGGACGCGUACAUGGAGUGCGCGGUGGACUACUCGACGGCGCUGCACGCCAUGGGCAGCGUCGUGGACAAGCUCGACGGCUGCAGCUUCGACGGCCUCGCCGGCGACUAUUUGAACGGGCUCAUCGACGUCGAGAACUGCAGGGACCGCGUGCUCAAGCUGCCGGCGUCGCCGCUGUACGCCAUGGUGCUCGUCGACCGGAACAAGGCCGGGAUGGCUCUCUUCCUGGGGAAACUCUUGGGGAUAUGAUGAUAACAAAAUUGCUUAAUUAAACCAAUGUGUGGCUAAAGUCAAAUAUCAAAUGAAUUAAUAUUAUCCAGUGAUCUGACUCACAUGUCACAACGAUGGUUUUUCAUUA